AUGGCAUAUGCUGGGAGAGAAACGUUUUCCGGUUUGAGGCUUGACACGAAGUUCGCUAGAGACCAGUCUCCUAGUACAAAUAACCGAUAUGGAGAAGAACAAUUUUCGGGGCGAGAGGCCUCACAUAAGGAACAAGAUGACGAUGAAGAGAGCAAGGUGAUAGAGGAGCUUCAUACAGCAACUCCUCCGAUGCAAGUUCCUCGAUCGGACGACAAUAGCAUUAAGGACUUUGACUCGGAUGUCAGCUACUCUCAUCGGCCAGAGGAGUUUCGACGUUCUUUUGAAGAAUUUUUACGACUGAAUCAAUCGCUGCCCGAGGGGAAGUCAAGUGAAGGCAGCCUCCCAGAAUUCGCUCCAAGAUCGAUACCAAAACCUCGCCCAUCUGCUCUACGUAGGGUACAAAUCCAGGAUGACGACGGCUUCAAUACAAAGGAGUCCAAUGGCGAAACGGAUGAGAUGCGGCAAGUCACCUCUCCAGAUAGUGGCAUCUCUUUUGUUUCUACGAGGAAUGAGAAUGCAAAUUCAGCUCUCGACAUGGACCAGCCUACCUCACUUACUUCGGUGUCGACAAUGUCCCCAUUGGAGGAGGUGCGGACGCCUUAUGAGUAUCCUCGCGAAGGGCCCAAGGAUAUGUUGCUUUCGCCGUUAUCUUCGUCACCUCUUGUUCCACGGGCUGCCUCUCUAGACGAUCCGAACAUGUGGACCACAGCCGUGGCAGGAUCCUACUCCGGCAAACCGCGCAGUUACACGAUUGACCGACAAAAUAGCUGGAGGCAGGUCAUGCGCCAACAACGUUCUCGUCGAUCUACUGGAUCUAGUGGUAAAUCUCCAGCAAGCGCUUUUCUUUCCAUGUGGAGUUCUCCUGAGGAAGCGUCAGCGACUAAGCCUGAUGACGAGGGGCAAAUGGUAGGCACAGACUAUGUGCUUGGCAAACAAAUCGGUUUUGGUGGCUUUAGCACAGUCAAAGAAGCAUAUAAAGUGGGGGCUGAUGGUUCUACCAGGCGCUUGGCAGUGAAGAUUGUAAAGAAGCAUGUUACUGGCAAGAACGAGAGGGAGAACGAUCAGGUACAAGCUGAAUUUGAUCAUGAAGUUCGGAUUUGGCGACAACUGAAUUACCACCAUAUCCUAUCGCUAGAAGCAGUAUAUGAAACGGACUACGCUACUUUCUGUUUCACGAAGCUCUUCAUCGGCGGCACGCUUUUCGACUUGAUCAAAGCUAAUCGAGGUGGUCUGGAUAUGAAACUCGCCAGGAAAUACUCUCACCAGUUAGCCUCUGCCCUAAGAUACCUGCACGAAGAUAUGCGAGUUGUGCAUCGGGACAUCAAGCUUGAGAAUUGUUUGCUAGACCCCGAAAGGUCCGCGGACGGUACGGAGGGUGCCAAGCUCGUUCUUUGCGACUUUGGCAUGGCCGAAUGGAUGACAAACGACACCAGCGGCGAACCAUUGGAUACAUAUGACAAUCCUGCUGAUCGACCUCCACCACAAAACAUUGGACCAAGUGGUUCUAGCACAAGCGUUGCAGGAAGCUUGGAAUAUGCGUCUCCAGAACUCCUUCUUUCAUCUACGGGUUUGAUUGAUCCGGUUGUCGAUAUCUGGGCGUUUGGCGUCGUUGUCUAUGCGACAGUGGUAGGAUCCCGUCCUUUCCAGCACGGAUUUGGUCCGCGUCUACAAGCCAGUAUUAUCAAUGGCGAAUGGAAUCAUGAUGCCGUUCUUGCAGGCCAUGAAGAUGAUACCAAUCGCCAGGAAGCGUUGGAUUUGAUUUGUCACUGUCUGGACAAGGACACUGCUUCUCGAUGGACUAUACGACAGACUCUUGGAUGCGAUUGGUUCGCGAAUCUUACUGAGCCUUCGGACGAACAUCUCGAUGAACGGUCAUGGAGACUAUAA